UGCGCUCCAUCACUCCUCGACGAUCACUCAAAUUCUCGGAUUUUCUCAUUGAUUAGAUCCCCGACAUAUGAGAUACCGAAAAAACCUCUUUGACGUUACAGCACCUAAGCUGCGCAUCAUCUGAAACAGAUCAUUGUGGGGUGCUAAAAUAGCCACACCCAGAUCCGCGAGCGCGACUCUGACUCGCCAUACGUCAAGACAUAGUCCAACUUCAUCCUAGGUCCGCGAUCGUACAGGUCUGAAUAUGGAUUCUGAGGAUAAACCCUCAGCAGAAGAGAAGGUUAUGUAUACCUCUGGAGAUGUCUCCUCACCGCCAGAUCUCCGCUUGCUCCAUUUCAACGAUGUAUACCACAUCGAUGCUUCGUCUGCGGAGCCUGUAGGUGGCAUUGCUCGUUUCAUGACUUUGUGCAAAGAGUAUCGUGCCGGAGAGAAAUUCACCGGGCAGCCGGAUCUGCUUACGUUCUUCUCUGGAGAUGCUUUCAAUCCAAGUUUGGAAAGUAGUGUAACCAAGGGCAGCCACAUGGUGCCAGUGCUGAAUGGUAUUGGAACAGAUGUGGCUUGUGUUGGUAAUCAUGAUUUAGACUUCGGUGUACGCCAAUUUAGGCAUCUAGCUGGUCAAUGCAAAUUCCCAUGGUUGCUCGCAAACGUCACAGAUCCAGCUUUGGGUGAUGAUGUGCCCUUAGGAAACGCCAAGAAGACCGUUAUGUUAACCUCCUCUAACGGUAUCAAGAUCGGUAUCAUCGGCCUUGUCGAGCGAGAAUGGCUUGAUACAAUCAAUUCAUUGCCACCAGAUCUCGUCUACAAGUCUGUAUCGGCAACGGCAAAGGAGCUUGUACCGGGACUACGAGCUCAAGGAGCUGAAAUAGUCGUCGCCGUCACCCACCAAAGAGAACCGAACGACAAUAAGCUUGCUGAAAAGAUACCUGAUGGGCUCAUCGAUAUCGUACUUGGAGGUCACGAUCAUUACUACAACCACAGCAUCAUCAACGGCACCCAUGUCCUCCGUUCAGGAAGUGACUUCAAACAACUGAGCUAUAUAGAGGCAAGACGACAAGGAGAAGGCAGCAAGAAAUGGGACUUCCACAUCAUCCGACGAGACGCCAUGUCCAGCAUUGCAGAGGAACGGGCAACUCUUAAGUUAACCGAGAAACUUACUACAUCUCUAAAAGCUAAGCUAGGAAAGCCACUCGGAUACACAAUGGCUCCGCUCGAUGCACGCUUCACAACUGUGCGCCUGAAGGAGUCCAAUAUGGGCAAUUUCAUCUGCGAUCUUAUGCGUACCCAUUACGGCGGAGACUGCUGUCUCAUCGCAGCCGGCACCAUCCGCGGCGACCAGAUCUAUCCUCCUGGCGUUCUUAAAGCCAAAGAUAUCAUGAACUGCUUCCCUUUCGAGGACCCAUGUGUCGUUAUCAAAGUCAACGGUCAAGCCAUCCUCGAUGCUAUCGAGAACUCCGUUUCGCUCUACCCCGCGCUGGAGGGCCGCUUCCCACAAGUCUCAAAUAUCGAGUUUGAAUUCGACCCAAGCCGCCCGGCGAAUUCAAGAGUUCGUUAUGUGCAAAUUGCAGGCAAGCCACUCGAUAAGGAGAAGGUAUAUGUCUUGGUGACCAGGGGAUACAUGGCGCGAGGCAAGGAUGGAUUCGACUCACUGCUCGUUAAAUCCGAAGGCGGAGAAGCGGAAGAAGUUGUCUCAGAGGAGAAUGGUAUUUUGAUCAGCAUGAUCAUCAGACAAUAUUUCAUGAGCCUGAAGAUCCUCGGCAAAUGGAAAAAUUGGGGCAGAGGCAUGGACAGACACUGGAAGGGCGUCCAGGAUUCGAUGCAUGGUGUGCAUCCCGUUGUCGAUCCUAGCAGUUCCGGCAAGUCAGAAAGAAAUACUGAGGGCACGCUCGACGAUUCAGAUGAUGAUUCCGACGAUGCUUAUGCUGGGGGUGCGAAAUAUAUCGCUGCAGAAGAGAGUGAUGCACUAGAACGACGAAUCCAGCUUGCGAGGAAGGUUACGAGGAAAUGGAGACGGCUUGCAGGGUUGAAGGGAGCUUCGGAAUGUUGUGAGGCUAUUCAAGAGUUUACUGUUGAUUGGACGAGGGCCAUCGCACCGAGGCUGGAGGGACGCAUCAAGAUUGCCGGUUCUGGGGAAGAUACAGAAGAGAAAUGAAAGUUUGAUGAGAUUCACAGACCAGAUCGGCAUAUUCUCCAUAGAAGUGAAUCAAGUAAAUAGCUUCCAGAGAAACAUUCGGUAUCCCAGUAAUUUCUUGGAUUCUUCGUCUUCGAAUCGACCAUACUGAGAUUUCCGAUCUCUCGAGUCACUUACCCUCCGUGUGAGCAUGACUUGGGAAUUAUUUUCAUCACUCGCAUUUCAUAUAUUUCAAGCCCUCAGGUUUCAGUGGUCUCUGAGUCGUGGAGUGAUAAACGUGCAUAAAUUAU